AUUGGUUACACUUCGGUGACUUAAAAAUGGCGCGGGUUUUGUCACAUCCUGUUAUGUGUUGGGAGAGUGCAUGGCCUCGACGUUGAUCCCGUUCUAAGAUAUUUUUCCAAAGCCGCUGCUGUAUAUAUAAUAUUGACGGUGUUAAAUUUCGUGAUGGUGUUCCUAAAAAGGCCAUGGAUUUGAUGAAAACGGACUAUGAGUUCCUAGACUUAUCUGAUGUGAAGGAAGCAGAAUUGAACAGACUGCAGUGCGCACUGUACGAGCGGAUACCGGACAUCUCGGCGACCGCACUCGCCGGCGGCUGGAACGAACCUAAUAUAGAUCCGUCAUCGUGUUCAUCGAGCACGGCGGGCGCUCCGACCGUGUCGAGCAGCGUGGACAGCCUGUCGGGCGGCGAGUGCGAGAUGGCGCCCCACUCGCCGGCGCGCGCCGCCCCGCCGCACCACGCGCCGCCGCCGCCCUACGCGCAGCCGCCGCCCGCCUACCCGCCGCCGCACCACCACCAGUGGCCCGUGGCGCCGCCCAACGUGUACGUCAGUCAGGUCACGGCUAACGUCAACGUGCACGGCUACAUGGGUCAGUACUACCAGCCGCAGCCGCAGUACGCACCGCCCGCGCCGGCCGAGCGAGCGGCGCGCACGCAACGCCGUGACCGCCGCGGCAAGCGCGCGCCCUCGCCUCCGCAGCAGCCGCCGCCCUACUACCUGCAAUACCCGCAAUACUACCCUGCGGCGCAGGCGCAGGGCGCGCCACUCUACCACCUCCCUGUCUACCAGCCGCUUGUCUACGGUCCCUAUGCCUAUCCGCCCUAUUAUCCUGAGUAUCCUAUACCGGUCGAGGGUGAUGCCGACAAGGGCCCAGAGGACUACCCGCAAGAAGUUGUCAUGGAACAAGAAGCAGUAGAUGCAUAUUAUGCAAGCGCACACUACGCCGCACCGCCUUACGGGGCGCCCGUGGAGGGCGGCGUAGAGUACAUGCCACCGAUGUACCUGCCGCCACCCCCGCACCCGCCGCCCGUGCCCCCUGUGCCCAUGCCACAACCGCAGCAGCCGCCGCCGCAGACAACACCGCAUCAGUUCAAUGUACAUGCUAAAAAUUUCGUACAGGGCCAAAACAAAACGUUUACACCCUCAGAUAAGGGUCAAGAACAAAAACCGAUGUCCACGCCACCGACUGCUUCGGCAUCCGCGGGAUCAGUGGAAUCUCUGCCAAUUAAAGAUCUCAAAAUUGCCAAAGGACCUGGAAGUCCUAAACAAUCAGAUCGUGUCAAUGAACCUAUGCAGGCUAAAAUGUCUCCUGGUGACAAAGUAGCCACAACGAAUAAAUCAGAUUUAUCCAAGACCUCAUGGAACAUGACAGAGAAUAAGGUUGAGCAGCCACUUUCAAAUCAAUCUCCGGCAAAUAAAUCUUUCCCUCCAACUGCACCGUCUACAAAUCAAAUGACCCCCACAAAUAAGAUUCAGCCUGCGGUGCCUAAACCGAUCAAAGGACCUGCCGCUCCAUUUUCGGGUGGUAAGCCGCCUACAAAGCCGGCAGUUCCGCAAACCAUUGUCCCCGUACAGCAGGCUGCCUCAACGCCUAAAGCACCAUUCGGCAGCAGACAAAAGCGUGACGGCCCCUCUAACCGCUCUCCGUCCAAUGAAAACAAUGAUGUCUCUGAGCGAGCUACGGCCGCUGGCGACCACGCUAAACGCGAACCACCGCUACCGCCGAGCAAGGCCCCGAUGCCGAUAUCUAUCACGUUGCACGCGGCCGGUCAGCCGUUGAUAGUGACUAACAAGGCGCCAUUCGGUCACUCCCGCAAGGGAGCCGCGCCCCCGGAGCCGCCGCCGGCCCCGCAGCCGCCCCCGCCCGCUCCCACCGCGUCGGACUUCCCGCCCCCGCCCACGCCGCGCAACCGGGGCGAGCCCGCGCCCGCGCCCGUGUUGCCGCCGCAGCCACAGCCCGCCCCCGGCAAGUCCUGGGCCAGCUUAUUCUCUAGUAAGGCCAGCGGGCCGGCAGCACCCGCCCCAACCGCCACCCCUGCGCCUGCGCCCGUCGCGCCUAUGCCCGAGGAGCCUCCCAGCCCGACUACAGCUACUCCGCCUAUUCCCCCAAACGUUCAGAAGCCGGUGGCUAAAGUGCCACCGUUCGACGCAUCGCCGCUGCAGGCGACGGUAACCGACAAGAGUUCUCCGGCGAGUCGCGCGGCGCCGGCCGCCGUGUCGUACUCGGAGAAGACCUCCGUGAACGCGACGGCGGGGGGAGCGCGCGCCGCGCCCGCGCCCGACACGCGCGACCUGCCCGCCGGCAAGGACAACGCACCCGCCGCGCCGCCGCAAGCCUCGCCCUUCAGUGACGAUCCCAACUCAUACAGGAUGGGAGAAUUCUUGUCUAAGUACCAGCUAGAUAAUCGACCAGUGUCACUAUUGCCGCGUGGACUCACAAAUCGCUCAAACUAUUGCUACGUCAAUGCGAUCCUACAAGCGUUAAUUGCUUGCCCUCCCUUCUAUAACAUGCUGAAGGCGCUGCCGUAUCAAACACGCAGGGGCAAGUCUAGCACACCCGUUAUUGACUCAAUGGUGGAGCUGUGCUACGAGUUCAGCCCGCUGUCGAGCGGCGGCGGGGGUGGCGGCGGGGCGGGCGCGCGCGGCGGGCGCGGCGCGGGGCCGCCCGCGCUGGCGGUGCCGGGCGGGCCGCCGCUGGAGGGCGGCGCGGGGCUGCGCGUGCUGCGGGCCGCGCGCCCCUUCCCCGCCUCGCAGGAGGGCCGCCAGGAGGACGCCGAGGAGUUCCUCGGCUGUCUGCUCAACUCCCUCAAUGACGAGAUGCUCGAGCUGAUGAAGCUGGUGGAGCCCGAGGAGCCCCGCGAGGCGGCGGCGGUGGUGGCGGGCGCGGGCGCGGCGCCGGGCGAGGACGACGACGAGUGGAAGGUCAUGGGGCCGCGCAACCGCGGGGCCGUGGAGCGGCGCUGGGCCGCGCGCCGCACGCCGGCCGCCGACAUCUUCCGCGGCCGCACGCGCCUGCGCCUGCACCGCGCGCCCUCGCACAUCGUCACCGACGCCGUGCAGCCCUUCUUCACGCUGCAGCUCGACAUCGAGCGUGCCAACAGUGUAAAGGAUGCGUUGGAAUUGCUAGCCGGUAAGGACACGCUUGAAGGCGUGAACGACGCGUGGCAGCAACUGUCCUUGGAGCAGCUGCCUGUUGUGUUGCUGUUACAUCUCAAGUGCUUCCAACUCGACGCCGAUGGACACACCGCCAAGAUCGUCAAGAACAUCGACUUCCCGAUCGAUUUGAAAAUUGAUCCAAAAAUAAUGUCGUCAAAGCUGAAAUACACGUCGAAACAACGUAUGUACAAGUUGUUUGCUGUCGUGUACCAUGAAGGAGUCGAGGCAGUUAAGGGGCACUACCUUACUGACACCUACCAUGGACAAGUGGGUUGGAUAAGGUACGACGACUCGACGGUGUGCAUGGUGAGCGAGGCGGCCGUCCUGAAGCCCAAGCCGCCGCGCAUGCCCUACCUGCUCAUGUACCGCCGACACGACACGCUGCCGCCGCACCGCGCCAGCAAGGCCGACUGACCGCCCGCCGGCCCCGCAGGCCCGCCCGCCGGCCC